UGAAGAAUAGAAAAUGUUCGUUUGUUUCGUUCCCAUUUUCGAAAAUAGCAUUUUAGCAUACGGGCAUUGAAGGAAUUUGUUUGAAGACUGUCAGUCGUUUCCCAAACGCGACGCAACGCGACGCAUUACGCGAGAGCGAUCCAACCGAACCAACUAUAUAAAAAUAAAUCUCAUCUAAAAAAAAAAAGAAAGAAAAACAAAAAUAAAAACAAAAACAAAUUUAAACAGCAAGCUGUGCCAAAAAUUUCAAAAUUAGAGUAGAAUAUAAUAGUAAUCUGUGUUUGUGUGUCUUUCUCUUGUGUUGUAAAUAAUUUGUGCCCAAAAAUCUGCGGAAAAACUUAUCAAAAUCAAAGAAAAACAUGUCCACAAUCAAUGCUGGGCGCAAAGGAAGCGCCCAGUUGGAGGUAAUGCACAAGGCGGGUUGGAAAAUCGAUGAGAAUGAGAAAGCCUGCUAUAUAGACAUUGAUGAGGAUGAUGAUGAUGCCAAUGAUGAAUUAGAUGAAUCGAAGCGAGUUUAUUCCAGAUGGUCUGAACUUCCAAAUCUGGUGCUGGAGGACAUUUUUGCCUAUCUCUCGCCCAAGGAGCGUUACUAUGCCAGUCUGGUUUGCCGACAAUGGUAUAGCGCCUUUUAUUUACCCACUGUGUGGCACAACUUUGUGGUGGACGAUCGAACGUUGACGCGUCCAAGGUACAACUACUACUCGGGUUGGCAAUACUGUUUGGAUCAUAUGCGAACCCAAAACUGCCUAGCACGAAUCGGUAAACACCUCAGAGGCAUCGAGUUUCGUCCCUGGCAUAGCUUCAACAACAUCUAUCAGUUUAUGACGUUGCUGUCGUGGAGCAUCGAUAAGGGUCUCGAACAUCAUCCGCAGUCGGAAUUAAUUGGCAUGGGUCAACGCAUACGUUCGUUGGUCUAUCACUUCCCAUGCAACAUGUCGCAGCCCAAUGAUCCCGAAGGCAUCAAGCUCUUUGGCACUGGGGGACAACUGUUGAAGGGUCUCAAGGAGCUGCUGCUGCGUCUCACGGAUCUGCACACUCUCAAAUUGGUCGAUUUUGUGCUGGAACGUUUCGAGGCGAAUCAUUUGCUGGACGAAGUCGUUUGUAGUUGUUGCACCAAAAUGCGUGUCCUCAAUCUGGUGAAUGUGACCACAGUACAUUGUCCCAUUAUGCAUGUGGGAUUGUUUCUCAAUUUAAGGGUGCUCACCAUAUCGCCGCAGAACAUAGACGACGAUGUUCUCUCACUUCUGGCGGAUACAAAGUUGCGACAUUUGCAUUUGCUGCAAAACUCUUACACGCCCAAUCACCUGACGAUUACCGCCUGCGGUGUCAAGGCCUGGCGCAGUCUGAAGGUCACAAAUCCCAGACUGCGAGUUCAUCUGCGGCUGGAGAAUAUGGUGGAUGGUGAGGUGGUGAUGCAGCCGGAGGCGCCAGUGCACAGCAUAACCUAUUGGGCGCCAAAAUCACGUAUACGCACUGAAUUAGUAAUACGCAUGGUGGAUCACUACAAAAAUACACUGGCCGUCUAUGGACACGAGCUGUUGCCCCGUUUUAGCAGUCCGAAGCCGUUUCACAAUCGCAUUGAUAGCCUGCUGCUGUUGAUGUGCCGUCAGUGCUUUAAUCUGGACACAUUGAUCAUACGUGAAAAGGUGUCCACAUCUACACUCUUGUUGAUUGCCCGCACCGCCAAAAACUUGCAACAGUUGCACGUGAGACGCUUCGCUGUCAUCUUGAGAUGCGACUGGCCGAGGCAUCCGGAGUGGAGCAAUGACUUCUAUUUGUGGCUGAAGCGCAACUCUCGCUCCUACGAGACUGUCGAGCGAGAGAUCUCUCAGAUCUUGGGCUACAAAUGGAAUCUGCUCAGCGAUCGCGAGUUUAAGCAGCUCACGGUUAAUGUAAAGUCAGGGGCGUGACUUAAACAUAAUAUCUAUGAUAAUACUGCGACUUGUGAUAAAAAAAGGUGUAGAGCUUUAUUAGUUAUCAACAAUUUGCUAAGCUAAAUAAAGCAAAUAUUUAUUGAA